CAGAGUCGCGAGCGUGACACUCUCAGUGUCUCACACUCUCACUGAGCACUACUUUUAGCUCACGCUUCUUGCACCUUGCACUGCAUUGCUUCCCAAACCUAUCAGUCUAUCACCAAUCACCACACCUUAGUUUAGGGUUUCUCGUUUCUGCAUCGAUGCUAAGAGGAACGAGGGAAGCGCCGCAUGAAGAACAAGAGAAAAUACGAAAGAAAGGAAAAAGUAAAGAAUCUGUAAACUUCGAAGGUAUCGAUGAAGACGAGGCAGGUUUGAAUGUUUUUGAAACUGAUGGGUUUAUAAUUGAUGUGGAUGAAGAUGAAGAUGUUGAAGCGGAAGAAGGUCAAAAUCCAAAACAAACGCAAAAGAAGAAAAAGAGGAGGAAAUCGUCAAAAAUCAUUAUUCUUGACGAUGAGGAUCUUGAGUUAAUUCGCGAUAACAAGAGCAUCAAUCAAGAAACAACGAGUGUUGGAAAAUUCAAGAGGUUUAGAAUGGCUGGCAUUGACUCUGAACAGAUGGAAUACUCUUCUGAUGACGACGGAGGAUCACUCUUUGAGGAUAAUGCUGAAGAUGAGUCUAACGAUGAUGCAGAGGAUGAUAUGGCAGAUUUUAUUGUGGAUGAAGAGGAUGUCAUCUAUGGGAAGGGAUAUUCUCUCAGACAAAAGCAGUUUAAAGGCACGAAACAUUCAUCUUCACUUUCAAAAGAAACGAAACAUAGGUUUGGGAAGGCCGUUCAGUUUAGGGAAGUUCAAGCUCAAGCUACCAAGUCCGAUGAUCCUAACAAGUAUGAAUCAUUCAUCCCUACUAACAUGUACCUAGCCGGAGAGGAUAACUCUGUAAAUGAUACAGACAUACCUGAGAGGAUGCAGAUAAUUCAGGGUAUUGUAGAAUCUUCAAUUGACAGACUGAGUAUAGAAGAAGAAAGUUCUUGGAUACUAAGUCAACUAGCAUCCAACAUAAAUCCUUUGUUCAGCGAGGCUAACUCUUGUAGACUAGUUAGUACAGCAAAAAGGGAAGAUGUUAUUAAUUUCUUGGAAUUGCAUCAUACAGGGAAAUAUGAUAUUCCAUUUAUUGCAAUGUACCGGAAGGAACAAUGCCCAAGUCUUCUAGAAGAUCCAAAACCGGAUGAGUCAGAAAACAUAUUAUUGACUGAUAUUGAGAGAAAAUCCAAGUUGAAAUGGCACAAGAUGAUCUGGAUAAUCAAAGAAUUGGAUACAAAGUGGCUUCUUCUUCAGAAGCGGAAGAGCAUGCUCAUGAGAUACUAUAAACAACAUUUUGAGGAACAAAAUCAAAUGUCUUUCCUUGUUGAAGAAUCCAGUUUUUAUAAACAGAUUUUUGAUUCAACCACUAAUAUGCUCAAGAAGGCUGAAACAGAUGGAGAGAUUGAUGAUAUUGAUAGGAUUUUUAAUUUGCAUUUUCCACAAGCUGAGGAGUUUCUUGAUACUGGUUAUAAAAGGCCUCUGGCAAAAUCAUACUAUUCCAAUUGCAAUAAGGCAGGGCUAUGGUCACUUGCAAGAAAAUUUGGCAGUCCUGAGAAAUUUAGUUCUUUAGUUUCCCUUGAGAAUGUGGGAUCAGACAACGAAGAAGAUCCGCAGGAAUCUCCAGAGGAGAUAGCUUCAAUAUAUAAGUGUGAAACCUUUCAAACUUCAGAGGCUGUACUUAGAGGGGCUAGGCACAUGGCUGCAGUGAUGUUAAGCAGUGAGAUUCCUUUCAGGAAAUUUGUCCGUACCAUAUUUAUGGAUAAGGUUUUAGUCUCAACUAGCCCAACAUUGGAAGGAAAUAUAACAAUAGAUUCCUUUCAUGAAUUUUCUGGUGUUAAGUGGCUGCGGGACAAACCUCUCUCAAAGUUUGAGGAUUCCCAGUGGCUAUUCAUUCAGAAGGCUGAAGAAGAGAAGCUUCUUCAAGUUAAAAUACAGUUGCCUGAUCGUACCAUAAAUGAAUUGACAAUGACCUGUAAUGAUGCCUAUCUCAAAGAAAGUGAAGGAAUAUCUACUAGGCUUUGGAAUGAACAGCGCAAAUUAAUCCUGCAGGAUGCCAUUUCAAAAUUCCUUUUGCCAUCUAUGGAAAAGGAAGCACGGGCAAUGUUAAAUGCUAAGGCUAAAAACUGGGUAUUAAUGAAUUAUGCAAUGCAAUUGUGGAACAGGGUCACUGUGGCACCAUAUUUGAACAAUGAAAGUGGCACUGCUCAACGGAAGGGAGUCAUGGCAUGUUGUUGGGGAAAUGGAAAGCCAGGUACCACAUUUGUCAUGUUGGACUCUGGAGGUGGAUUGGUUGAUGUGAUGCAUGCUCGGUCACUUGCACUAAGAUCUCAGAAUAUCAUUGACCAGCAGAGCAGGAAAAAUGAUCAACAUCGUGUCCUCAAGUUUCUAACAACUUAUCAGCCAAACGUUAUUGUGCUAGGAGCAGAUAAUGUGUCCUGUUUAAGGUUGAGAGAGGACAUUAACGAGAUUAUUUCCAUGUUGUCGGAGCACAAUUUUCAAAAUUCCAGUCAAGGAAUGAUAGGAGUACCAGCAGUUGUAUUAGGGGAGGAAGGCUUGCCUCGUCUUUAUGAAGUUUCAGAAAUUUCUGUGAGCCAGUUUCCCAGACAAGAUGGCAUUGUUAAGAGAGCUGUGGCUCUUGGACGUUUCCUUCUAAACCCACUGGCUAUGGUUGCAACACUAUGCGGAGAGAAAAAAGAGGUUCUGUCUUGGAAGUUGAACCCCUUGCAGAAAUUCCUAACAAGUGAUGAGAAGUUAGAUAUAAUUGAAUGGGUCAUGACAGAUGUUACAAACCAAGUAGGUGUAGACAUAAAUUUAGCCAUCAGACAUAAUUGGCUGUUGGCUCCUUUGCAGUUUGUAUCUGGUCUUGGACCCAAGAAAGCGGGUAUUUUGCGUAGAGAAUUACUUGGCGGCACAGAAGUGAGAAACAGAAGGGAUUUUGCUAAAUUUGGGCUGAACACAGAGAAGGUUUUCUGCAAUGCUGUUGGCUUUUUACGGGUUUAUUGCAAUGAUGAGAACUUUCUUGACAAUGUCAGCAAUACUCUCGAUUGUACAAGAAUUCAUCCAGAGUCAUAUAAUCUUGCUGAGGAACUAGCAAGAGCGAUUUACAGGCAACGUGUUCUGGAAAAUGCAGAAGCUGAUGAUACGCAAGUAAAUGCUAUUGAAUGUAUUCAAAAUGAUCCAAACCUGCUCGAGUGUUUUGAUCUAAAUGAUUAUGCUAAUAGAUUGGAAACAGAAAAAGGUGAAUACAAAAGGGAGACUCUUUUUGACAUAAAGAUGGAAUUACUUAAUGGAUUUAAAGAUCCGAGGAGGCCUUAUGCAGAACCGACUCAAGAGGAGGAGUUCUAUAUGAUAACUGGAGAGACUGUGGAUAUGCUAGUUGAAGGAAAAAGAGUUCAGGCAACAGUUCGUCAUGUGCAGUCUCAACAGGCAUUUUGUGUGCUUGAAUCUGGAAUGACUGGAGUACUUUUUAAAGAUGACUUUUCCGAUGAAACUGAGAAUAUCUCUUUAACAGACAAAUUGCGUGAAGGGGCUGUGCUUACAUGCAAGAUCAAACUAAUUGAUAAGAACAGAUGCCGGGUCAAUCUGACUUGUAAAGCGAGUGAGUUGAAGAAUGAUGGUGAGCAAAGUUUCCAUGACAUGGAUCCUUAUUAUCAUGAAGGAAACAUCAAUUCACUGAGUCAGCUGGAAGGAACAGACAAGAUGGAGCUUGGAAAUAAACAUUUCAUACCCCGGAAGAUUUCUCACCCCAAUUUUCAAAAUAUAUCUGCAGAUCAAGCAAAACAGUUCCUUGCAGAUCAAGAUGUUGGGGAAUAUAUUUUUCACCCAAGCUCAAGGGGCCUAUGUUAUUUGACCCUAUCUCUUAAAAUUUUUAAUGAAGUUUAUGUACACAAAGACAUUGUGGAAAGUGGAAAGAGUAAUAGUAUUAAAAAUUUGCUUGGACUUGGAAAGACAUUAAAAGUAGGAGAGGAAAUAUUUGAGGACAUAGAUCAGGUUAUUGAACAUUAUGUCAAACCAUUGGUAGUUCACCUGAAAGCUAUGAUUAAUUUUCGAAAUUUUAAGAAAGGCUCGAAAGCUGAGGUUGAUGAUCUGUUGAAACUUGAGAAGAAUGAGUAUCCAAGCAGGAUGCCAUAUGGCUUUGGCAUUUCAUAUGAGCAUCCGGGCACUUUCAUCUUGUCUUACAUUAGAAGUACAAAUCCACGUCAUGAGUUUGUUGCUAUCUAUCCAAAAGGAUUCAAGUUUAGGAAGCAAAUUUUCAAAAGCAUUGAGCAGCUGGUAGCAUAUUUUCAAGAUCAUAUCGAUGAUAUUGUUCCACCACCAAAAUCCUGCACAAAAGUUGGAUCAUUUAAGGAGUCAAUGUCUGGAGGAUGGAGAAGCAACAAUGUAGAUCAGCACAAGCAAUCAAUAGCUGACAAUGAGCAUGGGGAUGGUCGUGGUGGCCGCAGCCGUGGACGUGGGCGUGGCCGUGGAGGUCGUGACCGUGGAUUUGGCCCUCGAUCUGGCUCUAGUGAUGACAAGGAUGGCAAUAGUUUUCCUAGUUCAAAUUGGGGCUUUGGUUCCAGAGACCCCAGUGAUAAUUCCUUUGCUGCAGCAGGUAAUAGUUGGGAAGGCAAUGGCGGGAGACAGGGUAGGGGAAGGGAAAGGGGGAGAGGGAGUGGAAGAGGAGGUAGAGGAAGCCAAGGACGUGUUACUUGGGGUGAAAAUAGCUUUGAGAGUGGGAGGCAUGCAGAUGGUGGCUAUGGUGGUGAUAGUGGUCAGGAGCAAGGAAGAGGACGAGGAAGAGGAAGAGGGAGAGGAAGGAGAGGAGGCCAAGGUGAUGGCCAAGGACGUGGUCGUUGGGGUGGAAAUAAUUCAAACCAAGAAAGGAACUGGAACGAAGACAGCAGAGGAAAAGGAAGUUGGGAAGCCUCUGAUGCUGGUAAUGCUGGAUCUGGAAAUGAGAACUUAGGAUGGAGUGUUACUCAUGGGAACAAUGCAACUCCUUCUGGGAGUGGAUGGGGAGGUAAAAGUUGGUAACAGAUCCUAAUUGCUACUGGAUUCGUGUGGUUGGUAUUUCUAUUUCUAGAAAUAAAUGAUUUCUUGUUCAGGCAUUCAGGGUACUACGUCUUUUAUAUUCGGCUUUGUUAACAGUUGCACAAACAUUAACUCUGCAAUUUACUGUGUCAUAUGUGAGGCAUCACAUAAGGACUUUAUGUCAA